AUGGUCCAUUUCGACUACAACUGCCACCGGCUCGCGUGUUACUGGCUGGCCAUUCUUCUCGCCAUGGUGAUCGCCUCUGGCUAUUUCAUCUACCGCGUGGUCAUCACCUACUACUACACGCCAACACUGCUGAGCAUCGACAACACCGACUAUCCCGUGCACCGGCUGCGCUUCCCGGCACUGACCGUGUGCAACAUGAACAAGAUCGACAGCCGACGCAUGCCGCCUGACCAACAGCAGGUGCUGGGAAGAGUGGUGUUUGCCAACGACACAGAGUGGCACGAGCGUGUCGAGCACGUGCUGGAGAACAUCUAUGCCACCACUAGCUGCGAGGGUGACCAGUGCCACGAGCUUCACGACGAGGAGCACUUCACCACCGAGCAGGUGCUCCGCAUCAUAGAGCUGACGUCACCAUCCUGCGAGGAGAUGAUCUCCGCCUGCUCGUGGCGCAACACGCCCCACUCGUGUAAGGAGCUGUUCGAGCCGCACCACACCGAUUUCGGCUACUGCUGUGUGUUUAACGCCGACUUCGAGCACAAACACGGCGAACAUGCUAAGGACGACAAGCACACGGGCGCCGGCUACACGAACGGACUCAGCAUGAUGCUGGACGCGCGGCGCUACGAGUACUCGCACUCCCAGUACCUCUCCGUGGGAUUCAAGGUGCUGAUCCACGCACCGUAUGACGAGCCAGAGGUCCGUGAGCGAGGUCUGGCCAUCCAGCCCGGAAAUGAGAUGUUCAUUUCCAUCACGGCUGAGCACGUCUACACCACAGACGAGGCGCUUCACUCGUUCACGCCGGAGCAGAGGAACUGUUUCGAGCAGCACGAGGUGGAGCUGGAAUUCGCCGACACCCACGUCUACACGCUGUCCAACUGUCUUCUCAGCCACCUGACGGCGCGGAUCCACGAAGGCUGUGGCUGCGUGGCACACUACAUGCCCGGCAAUGGGACAAUAUGCGAGGAGGAUCAUUUACCCUGUCUCAGACGCCUGACAUACAACGCCUCCAAGGACCUGCGACAAUCAGAGGAGGCAUGGCGGAAGUGUCUGCCCGCCUGCGACGAGAUAAAAUAUCUACCGUACACGUCCAGUUCGGAGUUUCCCAGCCGGGAGCUGAUCUCACACCCCUCCUUUGGAGAUACUGUGCAACUGAUAGUGGCCAGUAUGUGCAAGGCGGUUCACCACGACAAACUAACGCUGGAGGAGACGGAGCUGGCCGCCCUGUGCGACGCCAUCGCCUCAGGACAGUAUCCGGACUCGACCGACAGGGAUAAACUGGCAGCUCUACUAUCGGGCGCCACUGAGGGCCACCUCCUUCCGUCGGCUAACGAACACGACGCCAAUGCCCUCUACGCAGCCGCCGUCCGAUACGCCAGGGCAAACAUGGUCAAAGUGCACGCGUACUUCAAGAGCAACUCCAUCACACGGUACAAGCGCGGUGUUCUGUACACCACGGACCAGCUUGUUGCGAACGUCGGUGGUCUUCUCGGACUAUUCCUCGGCUUUUCUAUCGUAUCCAUUGCCGAAAUAUUGUACUUCGUGACGAUAAAACUUCUGACGCGACGACCUACGAACGCAAAGGUGAAGGCGUCUCAUGGUCCUCAAGAAGACGAUGCCACCAUCGCAGCCAGUAUCGUCAUAACAAACGCCAGAGACUCAUGGCGGCCGAAGAAAGAUGUGGAAAAGGACUGAACCGUGAAUGGAGGAGGCUAUGGAACCGUUGAUGCUGACCAAGGGAUAUUGUGACUUGACCAAAUAAUAUUGUGGUUUAUAGUUAUAUGGCACAUGAGCAAUAAGUAUUUUCACAGAGCUUUGCAAUGCAUAUUGUGUAGCAUCUUAUGCGG